AAAUGCAUUAGAGAAUUAUCAAAUAGAUACGAGAACUUUUUUUUGCUAUUACAUAUAUGGAAUUCUAACGUAUUGUGUUCGAUACGAUAGUGUUUGUUUAACGCUAAAUUUGAAAGUUUAUUUGCAUAUGAACGAACGAAUUGAUAAAUUUUGAGAUCAAACAAAGCAUAUUCGAAUUGAAUGUAUCAGGACAAUUUCUGUGGUCAACAAUGUGUUACGAACGAAAAGUCAGCAGAUACGACGAUUAAAUCAUGCUUAAUCUUCAUUCCGACAUACCAUUGAUAAGAAACGGAUAUAUGUCAAGAUAGUAACUACAUUUGGUUCUCGUAAGAACUGUAUUUCCUAAAGUGCACCCAGACUUAGCACACGGGACGGUUUUCUUGGGAUAUAAAGAGCUAAAUCACAUUUUCGUAUUACAAUAAGGUUCUACAUCGAAAUAAUUUCAACAACAUGAACGAAAAAAAACUCGGAAUUUCACAGCACGAAUUGGUUAGCAAUGACGACGAUCACUUCAUGCCAGCCAAAAAAUUACCGCAGUAUGUCGCCAGCUUGUCUUCAACUCUGGGAGCUCUAGCAGCAGGCAUGGUCUUAGGAUGGAGUUCUUCGGCUGGUCCUAAUGGACUUUACUUAGCACGGAAGUUUCAUAUUUUCAUUACUCCUACCGAAUUUUCGUGGAUUGGAUCACUAUGUACACUCGGUGCUGGAGCGAUAUGUGUACCUAUUGGAAUUUUAACCGAUUUCAUUGGAAGAAAGAUUUCGAUGUUAAUCAUGGUGGUUCCUUUUAUCGCGGGUUGGCUGAUUAUAAUUUUCGCCAAUUCCGUAACGAUGCUUUAUAUCGGUAGAUUCAUUACCGGUAUUGCAUCCGGUGCCUUUUGCGUAACCGCUCCGAUGUAUACAGCAGAAAUAGCUGAAAGUAAAAUUCGCGGAAGACUCGGAUCUUACUUCCAGUUGCUUCUUACAGUGGGCAUUUUUCUGUCAUAUGCGUUGGGCUGUGUUGUAGACAUGAUUAUACUGUCUAUUAUAUCGAUCGUUGCUCCUAUCAUUUUCUUCGUGGUGUUUCUGUUUAUGCCGGAAACGCCAACGUAUUAUUUGAUGAAGGGAAAACAGGAUGCUGCCAGAAAGAGUUUAAUUAAGUUAUACGGCAUUCAGUAUGAUAUAGAGGGUGCAAUACAAAGUCAACUGCAAGCCAUAGAAGAAAAGCGGAGGAAUAAAGUUUCAUUCUCGAGCAUGAUCAAAUCUAAAGUAACUAUGAAAGGUUUUCUAAUCGCGUACGGUCUCAUGUUUUUCCAACAAUUUUGCGGUGUGAACGCUAUUAUACUUUAUGGCAGUGAUAAUUUCACUAAUGCUGACAGUCCUUUGCCAGAAGGUGUUCCUAUGAUUAUUGUUGGUGCAAUGCAAGUAGUAGCUGUUUUUGCGAGUACUCUAGUUGUAGAUUACAUAGGUAGGAGAAUAUUGCUAUUAUCGUCGAUAGUAUCCCUGUUCUUGUCGACACUUGUUCUUGGAGUUUACUUUUAUCUGCAGGAGAUCAACAUGUACGUAGAUUCAUUUAAUUGGUUACCCUUAGUAUGUUUAUGCGUAUUUAUUAUCAUGUUUUCUUUUGGUUUCGGCCCGCUUCCAUGGAUGAUGAUAGGCGAGAUUUUUGCACCAGAAGUGAAGGGUGUAGCCGCCAGCAGUGCUGGCCUUUUAAAUUGGUUAUUGGCUUUCGUUGUAACCAAAUUUUACAGUGACUUAACGGUAGCGAUGGGUAGGUCUGGUACAUCUUGGUUAUUCUCUGGACUAUCUGCGAUUGGCAUUUUCUUUGUAUAUAUAUUAGUUCCUGAAACCAAAGGUAAAUCUUUGGAAAACAUUUUGAGAGAUCUUUAGUAAUUAGUAACCAUUGUUGUCAGUUGUUUAAAAAAACGAUUCUCUACGAGACUGAUUGUAAAUUUACAGUUAUCCUGAAAUAUAUAUUUUGUUAUUUGUUUACGCAAUCUCAUCUGGUUACUUAAAAAAUUUUCAAACAAGGAAGAAUAUACUAUCAGAAAUUGUAAGAAUUUGUUUAUACGAACUUGAGUUCCCGUGUUUUAUGUUAACAAAUAAAAUUAAAAUAAAACUUUUUCUACUAAUUCAUUUUAAUUAUACCAAAUUAUGUUUUUUGUAUUAAUUUCAAUUUCCGUGAUUCAACCACGAAAUGUAUUUCGCCUGUCUAUAUUUUCGUCCAAUUCGAAGUUUUAUUUUUCUAUAUUCAUUUAGGUGAUAAUGUCGUACAAAUUCAUUUAAUAAUUCUAUGUUUUUAAAAGUUACAAAACUAGUAUACUGGUUCUUUUUACACGUUUACUUAUAUUAUAUAUAUAAUAUAGUAAAUUAUAUAUUAUAUAUAUUAUUAUAUAUUUACUUAUAUUCUUAAGAGUAGUGAGUUCGUUUUUAUAAACUAUCUUCCAUAAAACGCCACCAGAAAUAGUCUGCAGGUGUCUUCUUUAAGGAUAGAAUAUUUAAGCAUAGAAUAGAUUAAUCUAUUUACGUCGAAGAUCAUUUUUUUCCAAUACAAGAGAUAAGGAAUAAUUUCUGAACAUUGGAUGCAUGUAAGUUUUGAAUGGCGGUAAAUGAUUUUGAAUGAUCUUGGAAGCCCACGUAUCCCGAUGUACAUUGUCGAUCAAAUAUUGUAAGAUGAAUAAAAGACAUUGUAAACGUA